CUAAAAUAAAAAUUUAAAAUCCGAAGAAUAUUUCAAUGUAAAAUUUAAAAAAUGCCCCAAGGUAAAAGAAAAACUCCAUUUAGUGGAAAAGCUAAAAAGGAACAGCUUAAAGAAAAAAAGCAAAACAAACAAGGAGGGGAUUCUCAUAGGAAACCGAUUUUGUUAAAUAAUUCAGAUGAAGAGGCUAGUACAAGUAUACAAAAAUUAAAUUUUCAACCAAAGAAAGCUGGUGCAGCAAACCCAAAUCGUUAUACUUUGCAAUUUUUUAAAGAAUCAGAAGAAGAGAUUAGACAGCGCAAAGAAUUGGCAAGGCAUAGUUUAGAACCAAUUCACACUCAUUCUUUGGAAAUAAACGGCGAUGAUUAUUUUGUAAAUGAUCUAGAUUUUCCUAGAAGACCUGCAUGGUCUUUUAAAUUAUCUAAACAUGAUUUGGAAUCUCAAGAAAAUAAAUAUUUUAUGGAAUACUUAAAAGAUAUUGAGAGCAAGUUUUCUUGGAAGGAAUUAAGUUUUUUUGAACUAAAUUUGGAAACUUGGAGGCAGCUAUGGAGAGUCUUGGAAAUGUCUGAUAUUAUUUUAUUUAUAGUGGAUAUUCGAUUUCCAGCUUUAAUGUUUCCACCGUCUCUUUAUCAUUACGUUACGUCAACAUUAAAAAAAGAUUUUAUUUUGGUGCUUAACAAAAUAGACCUCGCACCUGCACCAUUAGUAGCAGCCUGGAAAAAUUAUUUUCAAGAAAAAUAUCCAGAAUUGCAUAUAGUUAUGUUCACCACAUUGCCAGGAUAUAAUUUAAUGGGCAAACAAUCUGAUAAAGGCGGUUUACUAGUUCGAAGGAGAAAAGGCAGAAUACGCAUGGCAGCUGAAGGAACUCAGCAACUUUUUGACGUUUGUAAGCAUUUGGUGGGGGAAAAUGUUGAUAUAACAUCAUGGCAAAACAAGAUUCAAGAAGAAAUUACCCAGGAAUACGAUGAAACCCAAAAAGUGUCCAUUGGGGAAACGAUUCAACUAUCAAAAGUUGACACAAGUUAUGUUGAACAGCAAAAAUUUAAUGAUGGAAUACUAACAAUAGGAUGCAUUGGACAACCAAAUGUAGGAAAGUCGUCUCUCAUGAAUGCUAUUAUGGGAAAAAAAGUUGUUAGUGUCUCAAAAACACCUGGACACACAAAACACUUUCAAACCAUAUUUUUAACACCGACAGUAAAACUUUGCGAUUGUCCUGGAUUAAUUUUUCCUUCCAAAGUACCUAAACAACUCCAAGUUUUAAUGGGAAGCUACCCUAUUGCCCAGCUUAGGGAACCGUUUACCACCAUAAAAUAUUUAGCUGAAAGAAUGGAUUUACCAAAAUUGUUAAGAAUUGAUCAUCCAGAAAAUGACGAUCAAUGGUCAGCAAUGGACGUUUGUGAUGGUUGGGCCAAGAAACGAGGAUACAUCACUGCCAAAGCGGCCAGACUUGAUUCAUAUAGAGCAGCCAACAGUCUCCUUCGAAUGGCUCUUGAUGGUAAAUUAUGUUUGUGUCUUAGACCACCUUACUAUCAUGAAAAAAGAAGCUUUUGGAAUAAUCACCCAGAUGUUGAAAAAGUAAGAUGGAUCCAAGCUAGAAGUGAGGAUCAGGAAGAAUUUGAAGAGGAGAUACCACUUUCAGAUGAUGACGUUGAGAAAACUGCAAAAAUUACUACAGUUUGCGAUGAUGAAAUAAAAACUGAAAGUGAUACAGAGAAAUCUGAAGAUGAUGAUGAAUAUAAUGAAGAACUACCUAAUGAUGCAGUAUACAAUAAAUUUACAUUGCUACAGAAUGAUGAGUAAAAUGUGUUUCUUUCCUAGUAAAUGUACUUG